AUGACACAGUGGAUCAAGAGUCUCUCCACCUGUCCCUCCGUUCUGCUGAGGCAGGAAAACAAAAGCUCCCAGCUCACACUCCAGCAGAAGCUCAGGCUGUCUGAGCAGAAGCUCAUUGAAUUUGAGAGACAACUCUUCCCUCAGCCAGGGACCUUAGUGCUUCCAAAAAGGAAAGUUGAGUUCCUUCAGGACAGUAACUGGAAAUCUGAGGAGAGGGUCAAGUCUCUGGAGCAGACCCUCAGCUCUUCUAAGGAAAAGGUUUCUCUCUUGCAGGAGAGCCUUACAUCUUCAGAAGAAAGAGCUCAGACCAUGCAGCAGAAUUUUAAAUCUUCAGAAGAAAAUCUACAAUGGAUGCAACAUCUGCUUAAGACUGCAAAUGAAAAGUCCAAAGCCCUGAAGGAGGCUCUCAGAUCUUCCAGGGAGAAAUCAGAGACCUUACGAGAGGCUCUGGGGAUCAGUGAGAGCCAGAUUAGGGCAGCCAGGGCCAAACCGCAGUCUAUGGAGAAAAGCAAAGAGGAGCAGGAGGACCAGAUCAAGAGUUUGAUGCAGACUCUCAGGGUCUCUGAGGAGAGGCACAACAGUAUGGUGCAGGACCUAGGUGGAGCAGCUUCAACACAAACUGAACAGAGCUACAAACAAAUUAGCUUCACAGAACUGGAACUGCACAGCCAGACUGUUGCCUUAAACACUCAGUUGCUGGAACAGCGGUCAAAGAAAAGCAAGAAACUUGAGAGAUCCAGUAGGUAUCAAAAAGAGCUGGAGGACACUAUUAAGGAUCUCAGGAAGAAGCUGAACAUUCAAAUAGAAAAGGGGGAGUUUGCUCUGAACAGCCUGAGGAUGUGUCAGAAGGACCUGACAGAUGUCCAUCGCCACCUACAGGGUUCAAAUUCCUCCUUCACAAUUGAUGACCAGUACACAAUGGUGGCCAGUUUAGGUUAUUUUCAGAGUAAACCGCUUCAGAAAGAAGAAGGGAAUGAUAGCCACAAAAAUAUAGAAGAAGCCUUGAGAAGCGGAACAUCAUGCAUUCCCCUUUCCCCAUCUGCAAUGCCCAAGAGGAACCUCUCUACGAGGCCUGCAGCUCCAUAUCCCUACAGGCAUAAUUUAGGCCAGGAGAAGUACCUUGGUUCCAGCUCCCUCCAAUGUUUAAAGAAUUCUGACAGCAUACAGCAUUUACUGACAGUCCAGAAAAGACUGACCAACCUUCAGUCAGUGGAAUUCCAGAGCAAUAUAAAGGGUUUACUCCGGAUGUCAUGAGGGAAACUUGGGACCACUGAAUUUCUGCACCACUGAAGGAACAACUCGUCAUUUAAAACACUUCACAAUUUGAGUAUAAUCAGAAUGAUUUUGUGGAAAAUAAAUAAUUGCUCCUUGUCCAUUUCUUACAUUUUAUUUUCUAUAAUGAGCUUACAUUCCCAAGUCACCAAAUUAUUGUAUAUGAACUGAAAUAAUAAAGUCAAGAUGUGUUUCCACCCUUCACGAAAUUAAGCAAAAGGGAAUGCAAAAUAUAAACAAUACAAAUAAUGAGCCAUAUUUUUGGCUCAAACAUAAGGGGGAGAUGUAUUCAGUGAGGAAAAAAUGUAUUUGAUCCCCUGU